AUGUCUUCCGCGGCCUCCGCGUCCGCGUCGGUCGUCGUCGUCGUCCGCGCGGGCGGCGCGGCGCGCGUCGUCGCGGUCGUCGUCGUCGUCGUCGUCGUCGUCGUCGCCGUCGCGGUCGUCGCGGCGUUCGAUGACGUGUCGUCCGAAGCGGCGCGCGCGCGGACGGCGACGCGCGCGCGCGCGACGCCGCGGGAACCGCGGCGAGGCGCCGCGGUCGUCGCGCGAGCGGCGACGGUCGUCGAAGAGGAAGCGAGCGCGGCGGUCGCGAGCGUCAUGACGGUCGUCGUUCGCGCGCCGCGCGGGGCGAAGUGCGCGUCGCGCGACCGCGCAUCAUCAACGAGAGGCGCGCGCGCGACCGGACGCGCGCGUGCGGCCCGCGAGUGCCGACUCUUCAUCAGAGUGUCUCGAGUUGUUCAUCGCCCCCGCCGCCGCGCGCACUCCCGCGCGCGCGUCCACGCUCGUCCCCGAGAAGACGACGCGCGCGACGCUCGAGACGACGCCAUGGGCAAGGUCACGCAGCGACGCAACCGCCAGGUCGCGAAGGCGGCGAGGCAGGACGGCGCGGACGACCGCGAUCCGUCGGCGGCGGGCGGGGACGACCGCGAUCCGUCGGCGAAGCGCGACAAGGGGCGGAAGCGCGUCGGCAAAACCCAACAGGACGAGCUCGACGACGACGACGCGGCGGAGAAGCAGUGCGCGGACUGGAUCGGUCGGAUCGUCCGCUUCGGCUUCAUGGCGUACUCUCUGCUCGGCGUCUUUCGCGGCGCGCACGAGUGGGCGACGCGACCGACGACGCUGCCGCCGUCGAUCCAAGUCGACGCGAUCGACCUCCGCGGCGUGAACGCGAUCGUGACCGGCGGCUGCGGCGGGCUCGGCCGCGAGACCGCGGCGAUGCUCGCGUCGCGAGGCGCGCGCGUCGUCGUCGGGUGCCGACGAAGCGACCGCGGCGUGAUCGACCUCGGCGCGGGAGGAGGGUUUAGCGCGGUCGCGCUCCCGCUCGACCUCGGCUCGUUCGCGUCGACGCGCGCGUUCGCGUCCGCCGUCGUCCGCGAGGAAUUCUUCGAUGGUGACGGGUCGUCGAUCGACGUGCUCGUGCACAACGCGGCGACGUCCACCGCGUGCGCGAACACGACGGACGCGUUCGAGUCGUCGCUGCAGAUCAACUACCUCGCGCCGGUGCUUCUGAACCGGCUGCUGCUGCCCGCGAUGAAGAGCUCGGCGCGCGGCGCGAGGGUGACGCACGUGUCGUGCGUCGCGGCGAGCGCGAGUCGCGUCGGCGCGGAGGCGAUUCGGAAAGCCGCGAGAGGCGGCGGCGCGCACCCCAAGCGGUGCGCGCCCGCUGGGUCGUACGCCGCGUCGAAGCGGUUACUCGAGCGUCACGCGGUCGUGAUGUCGUCCAAGUUUCACGCCAAACACGGGAUUCAGUCGUUCGUGGUCGACCCCGGCGCGACGCUCACGAACUUCAACGUCAAGGGCAACGUCCUCGCGAGCGCGACGCGGAUACAUCCCGCCGCGGUCGUGUCCUGGAUGCUCGGAAAGGUCAGCGUCGCCGUCUUCGGCCCGCACGGCUUCACGAAGUUCUUCACUCGAAGCGUCGAGCACUCCGCCGCCGCGGUCGCGCACGUCGCCGCGCACGACGCGCUGCGAGGCGUCAGCGGGCGGACGUACUCGGACGUCCGCGGCGCGUUCACCGCGGCGACGGGAUGCGCGAAGGCGGACGCCGCGGACUGCGGGUGGGCUAGGCCGCGCGAGCCGAGACCGAGGAAGCUCGACGCGGCCGCGGAGGAGAGGCAGAGAGAGCGCGAUCGCGUCGACGCGGAGAUUUGGAAGGAGACGAGCCGGUUGUUGGCGCCGUGGAGCGAGCCGCUGUUCGAGGAGGCGGAGGGGGGGGCGUCGUAG